CCGCGCCGGACUUGGAGAUCCAAGCUCCUUGCCCUUAUCAAGCGCCCUUCCAUCACCACUUCGAACAUCCCAUGCAACCAAUUUAAUUUCAAGUUCAUACGCAUCCCGGACUCCAAAAGAAGGUCAACAUGGUCCUCACACACACCACCAACCACACCUAUUCGCAUCCCUUCCCGACCGUCACCCUCGCCUUCUUCCUCCGCUACUGCUCCCCGCAGCUCAACCCCUUCGCCAGCCAUGUGCUCAGCACCGAUACCAUCUCCUCGCACGUCGACCGGGACACGGGCCGUCUGCACACGACACGCAUCCACCUGAAGAAGUCCCGCCUACCACCGGGUGUCAUGAAAUUAUUGCCUUCAUCCCUAACGGGCGGGACGACGGACAAGGCAUCCUACAUUCUCGAGACGAGCAUCGUGGACAUGCGCGAGGGAUGGAUGGCGACGGAGAGCCGGAACCUCAACUUUGUCGGUGUGCUCUCGGUGGUUGAGAGGCAGCUUUACGCCGUGCCCAAGACCAAGCCGGCGGCGGACAACACAGACGUCGAGACCAGGGUGGUGUUCCGCUCGCGGCUGGGCGAGCGGAUCCGAGACCGCCUAGGACAGGCACAGGCGCAGGCGGAGGCGGCCGCGAACGACGGCAACACCGGGUUCUUUGCGCGGCUGGGUGCGCAGGGCAUCCAGCGCAGCAUCGAAACGUUUGCGUCGACCAAGACACAGGACCAGCUCGGAAAGAGCCGCGAGGGCAUGUGCAUGAUCCUCGAAAGGCUACGGCAGACGGGCAUCAUGGGCGUGCUCGAGCUGAGGAAGAUGGCGAGCCAGCGCGGGACGGAGGCUGCACGCUGAGCGAGGCAUACUUGCUGUGCUACCUCGUCGGCCUCAAAGAGAAACGAGCAUUGCCAACUGAAGCAACGCUCUGGCUUUGGGCUACCGAUUGGUAUACCCAUUUCUCAGGAAGGGCCCUCUCUUCGGCACACAUCACGCACUCUCUCGCCCGCUUACGCAACAUGACGACACGUUCGGUUGAU